AUGGUGUUGUUCGAUGGUCAGGGACAUGUCGCCUUUGGUUUGGACGAAUAUACAAAUAACUCAGAUGUAGCAUCCGAAAUUCGCAAAUCAGCCUACAGUGAAGGUGGAACGGACAUCGCGGCUGGGAUGCACACCGCUUUAACAGAAGUUUUCGCGGAAGUGUCAAACCGUGAUGUGAGGAAGGUGAUGAUUGUGAUAACCGAUGGGGAUGAUAACUCUAAUGUUACCGCAGAGCGUGCAGUAGCCGAGGAGAACGACAUCAUUACAUAUGCAGUUGGAGUAGGCGAAGGGACCGAUCAUAAUAAAUUGAUUGAAGUAGCUGGUAAUCCAAAACGUGUCUACACCUUUGACAACUACGACGCUUUAGCCAGUGCUAUUGAUCAGCUAUGCACCGAUAUAGUUAUAUCGCCAGCACCAAGAGGAUGCAAAUGCAAUACUGCUCACACGUGGCUUGACCUUAUCUUCGUAAUUGAUUCAUCAAAGGCUGUCAAUAAACAAGACUUCAUGGCGGUCAGAAACUUCGCUGCUGCAUUCAUUCAAUCAAUUCCGGUCAGUCAAGAAAUCGGAAAAUUCUCUAGAGUUGGUAUCAUCAAUAUGGGUGAUCAGGCACAAGUUGUGGGAGAGUUGACAUCGUACAACACAACUGAUCAGGCAGCGAAUGCAAUGCGAAAUAUGCCGUACCUGAACAGCAACCAAGCGAACCUUCGCGAUGCGCUGAAUAAAGCAACUAAUAUGUUGGAUAGCGAUCACGAUCACCGUCAGAAUGUUCAGAAUGUUAUCGUGCUCUUCUCAAGCGUUAAUGAGCCUUGUAAUUAUCAAGGAUAUAGCAGACUGCUUAUGAAAUUCGUUGAUCACAAUCCUUGCCGCAUUGCCGCACAGCUACGUCAAAACAACAAUAUUAUUCUAACGGUUGGUCUCAAAUACGAUGGUAUAGAAAAAUAUCCAGUGCUGAACGUUGGAAGUGAUUGCUACAAACUGAAUUUCGAUGCACAACUUCCAGAGAACUUCGUUAAUGCUAUUUGCAGAGCUAACUGCUAUUGUCUUCCUCCAUACGUGCAGUUUACUGAUAAAUGCACCGAAUACGGUGAAUGUGUUUAUCAACAAGAUCAACCGCUCGACUUCCUCACUGCUGAACUAACUUGCCAGAAUUACAACGCAACGAUGAUUGAUGUGCUCAGCGCCGAGAAAGAUCUCUUCAUCAGAGACAUGCAAGGGACCCGUUACAGUCCUUAUUGGAUAGGAGCACAAUAUUCCAACAACCAAUAUAAAUGGGCAACUGGAAUCGAGUUGGAUACUGAUGGCUAUAAGAAUUGGGCAUCUGGCGAACCAGAUAUCAAGAAAGGUGAAUGCGUUUAUGAGAACAUCAACGGUAAUCAGAGCGGCUGGUUUUCGGACAGAUGCGAUUACUUCAUGCCUACUCAUUACUUCGUCUGCCAAAAGAAAUCAUGUAUGCUUUUGUGUACACGCAAUCCUGUGCGAAUAUGUAGCUAUGAUGUCACACAAUUCCCUUAA